UCGCAGAGGACGCCCCCUUUUCUUUUCCCCCAAAAUGGCGUGUCACACCACUCACCAUCUUCUCCAAAACCCUAAACCCUCGAUCCUUCUCCCUACACUACCCACCUCCUCCGCGAUCGCCUCUCUAAAAAUGUGAUCGUCGAGUUCUUCGCCUUAUUGUAGGAUUUUUUUUUUUUUUGGAGCUGAAUCACUUAUUUUUCGGAGGUUUCAGCAUUGGCCUGCAAAAAUGGUGUCCAAUACCGAGAGAGCGCGAGCUGCGUUGAAUGCGAUGAAGGCUCUUGGUUUCCCCAAGAAGGUCGCCACGCCCGUCCUGAAGAAUCUCCUCAUGUUGUAUGGGGGAAAGUGGGAGCUCAUCGAGGAUGAGAACUACCGAGCUCUCGCAGAUGCGGUACUCGACAUGCAGGAGAAGGGCUUGAAGGUGGAUGAAGACACUACCGGUAAGCAGAAAGAUACUGCUGUGGAUGAUGAGCCAGAAUCUCACAGGGGAACACUAAGGAUUAGGGAAGAUGAUCAAGUGGCAUCUCCUUCGGCAUUUGCUGACGAGACUCCACUUAAAAGGCCAAAACUAGAAGUAGAUGAAGUGCCUGAAUCACAAACUGGGCAGGACAAGGACAGUAAGAAGAAAGACACUGCAGUAGAUGAUGAGCCAGAACUUUAUAGAACAAGAGCAAAGAUCAGGGAAGAGGAUGAACAGGCUUCGCCUUCACAGCAUACUCCGAGGGCAUUUGAUGAGUCCAUGCUUGGAACAUCAACUUCGGAGGCGAAUGAAUUGCCCAAAGUGCACAUUCAACAGAAAGAAACGGAGCUGAAUUCAUCUCGAAAGAAUAGUAAAGGAAAAACCUUGGAGGCCCCACCAUCUGAACCUUUCAGAGAACAAGCAACUGGGAGCAUUUCACGUCAACAUGUAAGUAGAACUGACGGAAGAAAGGAAACCCAAAAUGAAGUAAGUCGUAGAGAAACCAGAGCAUCAUCCCGUGCACGCCAAAGUGGUGCUUUACAAGCUCAGUCCAGUUCACUCGUGGUGUACCAAAAAGAGAACAGUUCAGCGAAUGGUACAUUGGAAACUGCUGUCUGUUUGAAAGAGCCUAAAGUUGAACCAGGCACCAUGAAUUUGCAAAAGAACGAUGCAGUUGUUCAACACUCUGCUUUGGCUGGCCCCAUUGAUGAGCCACUUGAAAACAACUCUUCUAAACUUGAGUCACCUCUUGCUGUGUUGUGCCCUGUUGAGGAAAGAGUUGUUCAAGGUCAAGGAAGCGAAGAUGGUUCUUUGAGGAGCAUUCCUACUCUGCUGACAAAUGUUACAGAAAAUGAUUCCAAACAGCAUGAAGACAGGGCUCAUGUGGAAGAAUAUAUUAUCGCACAAUCCAAGAAUGGGGCCAGAGAUGGUAUUGUAAAUGUGCAGGAGACAUCUUCUAGUAUCGAUAUAGCUUCCUCUGCCGCAGGAGAGGUCAAACUAUCUCUAACGUGUAACACUGAUUCUUCUAAUUUUCAUAUGCCAAGUUUAGACACAAUAUAUAAGAUGGUAGAAGAUCGAUGCCUCAGAUCGUACAAGUUUCUUCCACCGAACUUUUCUCUUCGCCACCUGAUGAAUGAAAUUUGCGAGUGUGUUCUAGACCUUGGCACUGAACCCUCUUCAAUUAAUCACGGCAGUUAUGUUAAGAUAAAUCCCACAAUUGAGUCUCUGAAAAGACCUGGUUUGCAGAAUGUUAAUCUGCAUCCUUCAAGUGGUUUGCCAAAUGUGGCGGUGCCAAAUAAUGGUGCUUACUUAAAUGAGAAUGCCUGUGGGAAUGAUAAAACUGGAAGGGCCAAGAAAGCAAUGCAAUCUGCAGUUGGAGGAGUUUCAAACAAUAUGCCAGAAUGCUCAAUGGCCCUCUGGCAAUCGAAUCUUGCGCUCUGUGAUGUGAGGCCCACUCAUGAUAUUAAUGACAUAUCCAAAGGGGAAGAGAGAGUAAGAAUUUCGGUGGUUAAUGAGAUCAGCUCUGAAAAGUAUCCACCUUCUUUUAGCUAUAUACCGCAAAAUGUUGUUUUCCAAAAUGCUCAUGUCGAUUUUGCUCUUGCUCGGAUCGGUGAUGAGGAUUACUGUUCUGAUUGCUUUGGUGAUUGCCUGUCUGCUCCCGUGUCAUGUCCCUGUGCACGAGAAACAGGAGGAGAAUAUGCUUAUACAUAUGAUGGUUUGGUUAAGAAGCAGUUUCUUGAUGAAUGUAUAUCUAUGAACCGCAACCCAGAAAAGCAUCAUCAUUUCUAUUGCAAAGAUUGUCCACUAGAGAGGCCUAAGAAUGAGGCUAAUAAGCGUGGUGCUUGUAAGGGGCAUCUAGUUCGGAGAUUUGUAAAAGAAUGUUGGAGUAAGUGCGGCUGUAACAAGCAGUGUGGAAAUCGUGUGGUUCAACGAGGGAUUACGUGGAAUUUACAGGUGUUUUUCACAGCAGAUGGGAAGGGUUGGGGACUGAGGACACUUGACGAAUUGCCGAGAGGUGCUUUUGUUUGUGAGUAUGUUGGCGAGGUACUGACAAACAUCGAACUUUAUGAGCGAACUGUGCAAAACACGGACAAUGCUAGGCAUACAUACCCAGUGCUUCUGGAUGCUGAUUGGGGUUCAGAGAGUGUAUUGAGAGAUGAAGAAGCACUCUGUUUGGAUGCAACAUUUUAUGGAAAUGUUGCGAGGUUUAUUAAUCAUAGAUGCUAUGAUGCAAAUCUGGUUGAGAUUCCAGUUGAAAUAGAGUCACCAGAUCAUCACUACUAUCAUCUUGCUUUUUUUACAACAAGAAAAAUAGAAGCAUUUGAAGAGCUAACUUGGGAUUAUGGGAUUGAUUUUGAUGAUCAUGAACACCCAGUCAAGGCAUUUCGAUGCCGAUGCAGAAGCAGAUUGUGCCGAGACCAGAAACGCUCAAAAAGCAAAAGAAAAGCAUCUGCUUCGAAGUGAACGGAGAGUUCAUUGCUAAAAAGAGUUUUGGGGGCCUCUUAUGUGGGAAUUUUGGCAAGAUGGAUGGAUCUUAUUAACGAAGGUCCUUGGUGGAAGUUUUGUGGGUAACUAUGGUGCUUAUUGUUGGGAAGUUGUAAAAUAUGGGUUUUGUCUAGAAGCAUCGUAACACUGCACCUGAGUUCUAAGAUCGUUGAUAAAUAGAAAAUUGUCUGAUUGUGUUGAAAGAGCGGUGCCUGAACUUACGGGUGCAGUUGCUAGGCCUAAGACCAUAUAACUCCGGCGUUUGUAUAUGCUUCGGAUGUUAGGAAUGUAAACUGUUGAAACUGAAGGUUUAUUCUGCUGCAGGGAUAUUCCUUUUCAAUGUUUAUGUGUGUUAGCAGCUUUAAGAUCAGUUGCCGAAAGCUUUUGAUUUCAAGGAGAACUUUUCAAAAUUGGUUA